GUCGCGGCGGUCAAGGGGCCAUGAUCAAAGCCGGGCAUAUCCUCACGAGCGCUGGCCUAUAAAGCCUAUGUGAUUUCCUACGUCAAAUGAGAAACCGGUCUCUCAUCACCAGCAUCACCAGCAUCACCAGAUAUCUCCCAUCUCCCUCUUAUACAGCCUCACAAUUCUACUCGAAGAAACCCUUCCAACCUAGCAACCAACCUACAACAACCAUGGUCGCCAUCAAGUCUCUCGCGCUCCCCCUCCUCAGCCUCAGCAGCGCCGCCAACGCGCUCUGGCUCUGCACCGCCAACGUCGACUACACGACGUCGAUCCGCGGCUCCAAGUACGAGUCGCCCUACUGCCAGGUCGGCAAGGGCGACAACCGCGACCAGGCCUGGUCCCAGGCCAAGGACCGGGGCCUCAAGGCCGUGGCCAUCAUCGCGGGCGGCCACUGUGACCAGCUCCAGUACAAGCACACCAAUCAGCUCGGCGGCUUCUGGGACGACUACGGCACCAUCAACUAUAUCGACAGCAACUGGCACUGGUACUGCAGCACCGGCAGCCGCGAGGGCUGCUGCGAUGGCGGCAACGGAGCGCCGCGGAAGCGUAGUGUCGAGUUCGAGGCUUGAUUCUUUUCGAGAGAAGACGCUGUAAAUAGCUUGCCUUUGUUGAACUUUUCUCAUUCUUGUCAUUCUUCUUCUUUGUCAACUCCAGGUCUCCCGGGGGAGGAUUCAUGUAGCUGGAAUUCAUCAAAAGGCAUUUUCAGGGUCCCAGACACCUAUGUGCUCAGCCCGGGAGAGUCAGCAUAUCACACUUAUUAUGACUAGGCACCGCUACCAGGCUGAAUCUGAUCUGGAGCUCGACCAUUUUAUAUCUUUUCAUCCCAAUUCAAAAGUUUUAG